GCCAUUUCCGUACACAAAUCUUCUCAACUGAUGACGUGUGCAUGCACAAAAAUCCACUUGUUUUUAGUUUCAGAAUAAAACCGGCUAAAGGUAUUCCUCUAUAGACCGAGGGUAUUUUUUGUGGAUUGUGGCUUGAAACAUAAAGGAAAAUGGAGACAUUGUACCAUCAAACAAAUAAGCAAAUCCAGGAGGUGCAGUCGUACAUGGGACGCCUGGAGAACACAGAUCGUCAGUCUGUCCACUUGUUGGAGAACGAGCUGCAGGCCAGAAUCGACCAGAUCUUCAGCCAUUUGGAACGUCUGGAAAUCCUGGCCAGCAAAGAACCGCCAAACCGCCGUCAGAACGCCAAACUGCGGGUAGACCAGCUGAAGUAUGAUGUUCAGCACCUCCAGACGGCCCUGAGGAACUUCCAGCACCGCCGCUACUCACGAGAGGCCCAGGACCGAGAGAGGGAGGAACUCAUGAGUCGUACCUUCACCACCAACGAUGCAGACACCUCCAUCCCCAUAGACGAGACGUUGCAGUUAAACUCCAACCUGAACAACGCACACAGGGGCAUGGACGACCUCCUGGGCAGCGGCAGCAGCAUCCUCACCGGACUCAGGGACCAGAGGGGCACGCUCAAGGGGACCCAUAAGAAGAUGCUGGAUGUGGCCAACAUGCUGGGUCUGUCCAACACAGUGAUGAGGCUGAUCGAGAAGAGGGCCACCCAGGAUAAGUUCAUCAUGAUUGGAGGGAUGCUGCUCACCUGUGUGGUCAUAUUCCUGGUGGUCAAGUACCUGGGCUGACCAUGACAGCAUCUGCAACCACAGUUUUGCGAUGGUCUUGGACAUUUUUGCACAAUAAGCCCAUAAAAUACGUGAACGGUGAUAAAAUAAGCUUGUCUUCUAAUCGGAGGGUUCCUUGAAAGUAUUGGUUCCGAUCAGAAGGCAAGGAAUUAUCAGUCUUUUAAUUUCCAUGGGUUUUGCCACCCACUUCUAUUUCAACCACUCCGAGUUGUUUGCACCAGUAAAAUGGGUGUUAAGCGAGACAUAUACACUGAGUGUACAAAACAUUAAGGACACCUUCCUAAUAUUGAG